GUCUACACCGCUGCCGUCCACACCGCACCCCGAGACCACCACCAUCGCCCAGGCGGCGGGAUUCCCCACGGACGGAGACGCUUGAAAGCUCCCGAAAACUCGAUUCUGCUUCUCGGAGGAGGCGGCGGUGACCUUCUUUCGUCCAAAACAUCUCCUGGGCCUGGACAGACGGUGCGACCACCCAUGGAGUGGCACUUGUUGUUCCUGGCCUUGCCCCUGUGGCUGGGCGCGCUCUCCUCGGCCUCAGCACAGUGCUCCUCUCAGUGCUCGCGCUGCUCCGACCGGACCCAGGGCCUGCCGGAGCCCCUCGACCCGCUGAUCUGCACGCUGGAGUGCGAGGCGUCCCCGAUGUCCGGCAGGGAGUGGGGGAGAUGCCGGCUGAUCCUGUCCCCCCUGGGCGCCCUCCUCGGCCCCCGGAGCCCCAGCCGGCCGGAGCCGCCCGCCGGGGACCCCGAAGAGGAGCCCCGGGCCCGGCGGGGAGGCCUCGGCCUAGUAGGCCCGGCCCGAGGCCCGCGGGAGGACGAGGACCGGCGGGCUCCGGCCGGGGCCUACGGGGCCGGCGGGGGCCGGAAGGCCGAGGGGAAGAGGUACGGGGGCUUCCUGCGCAGGUACCCCAAGAGCAGCCCGCCCGGGGGGGACGGGCCCCACAAGCGCUACGGGGGCUUCAUGAGGAGGGUCCGCCCCAAGCUCAGGUGGGACAACCAGAAGCGUUACGGCGCCGUCCGGCCGCGCCCCUACAAGCUGGUGGCCCGGGGGGAGGGGGUGGACCUGUAGGACGCCCCCCCA